AUGAACUUACGUGUGAUUAUCCUAUUUUUCUGCCUGAUCAUCUUUGUGGAUGGUAGGAAAGUACACAGGUUUCGACUGCAGAGGCGCUCCCAUCGACACCACAAAGCUCCCCAUUCUCAUUUUCAUCUGCAAUUCCGUAAUGCUCUAAGAAGAAAGUACGGAUACACACCACUUCGUACAGUGAAUGCCGUGAAUAUAACUAGUGAUCCGAGUAAAGGAGUAGUGCUAGCAGAACCCUUGAUUAACUCCUAUGACACCAACUUUUUCGGUGUUAUAUCGGCUGGAGAACAACCCUUUACCAUGCAGUUCGACACAGGAUCUUCGGACCUUUGGGUACCCAGUUCCCAUUGCAGGUUUUGCAUCAAAAAGUGCGGCUCCAAGUUCUUCAGGGAAUCCAAGUCAAAAACCUUUCGAACAAAUAAUAUCCCAUUCAGCAUCACCUAUGGAUCGGGAUCUGUGAAGGGCAUUGUGGCUUCGGACGAGGUUGCCUUCGGAGAUUUAAAAAUCCAGAAUCAAGGCAUUGGUUUGGUCAACAUUUCCGACUCCUGCUCCGUUUUCGAUGGAAUUGCAGGGUUUGCUUUUCAAGAACUUUCAAUGACCAAUUCCGUACCAGUUUUCCAGCAAAUGAUUGACCAACAUUUGGUGGAGCAGCCCAUAUUUUCGUUCCACAUGAAGAGUGGUUCUAGCGACGGUGGUUUAAUGAUUCUCGGUGGAUCGAACUCCAGUUUAUACUACGGUCCUUUGACCUACACAAAUGUAACGGAGGCCAAGUACUGGACCUUUAAAAUGGAUUACAUUGAGGUUCAUAGCAAAAGCUCAAGACGUUGCGAAUCGGGAUGCAAGGCCAUUAUGGAUACGGGAACCUCACUGAUCGUUGGUCCUGUAAUGGACGUCCUCUAUCUGAACAAGGCCAUUGGAGCCGAGCAUAAUGACACAUAUGAUCUGUAUAUUGUGGACUGUGCCACAAUUCCCCAACUUCCGAUAAUUGUGUUUAGCAUCGCUAAUAAGGAAUUCUACGUAAAACCACAAACCUAUGUGAUUGUGUAUCAGGACUUUUGCUUCUCCGGCUUUAUGGACAUGCGGGGUCUGGACCACUGGAUUAUAGGCGAUGUCUUCCUGAGGGAGAAUUAUGUGGAGUUCGAUUGGGCUAGGAAAAGACUGGGCAUAGCACCAGCUGUUUAAUUGAAAUUGUUAAAAGUUUAAAAUGUUAUUCUAUUAUUAAAACCAACACCUUUUGUGUAAA